AUGUCAGCAUCAAUGGGCACAAUUCGCCCAACAAAUUCGGUUGGUUUCUUCUGGGACUUUGAAAACCUCCCGCCUAAGAAUUUUGAGAACAAUGGAUACGGCUAUCCCCACGCCUUUCGCGAAAUUGGCGAGCAAUACGGUUCCAUUAAGGAGUUCAAGGCCUACUUGCAAAUAGCGACGAUGCGCCCUGCCCGCCGUGACCAGUUUCAGGCAAUGGGCAUGACGCUGGUCGACUGUGAGCACGCCGGGCGCAAGGAGGUUGUCGAUAAGAUGAUGAUUGAUAUGAUCCUCUUUGCAUGCGACAACCCAGCGCCCGCGACAGUCGUCGUCGUCUCUGAGGACAGGGAUUACUCUUACGCCGUGGCGACGCUGUGUCUGAGAGGCUAUGACGUGGUUCUCAUCCGUCGAAAUGAGGUUCACCCGGGCAUGACCAUUCACUCGGCGACCUAUCGCACUUGGGAUAGCGUGACUAAACGAGCUGAACUUCUUGCAAAGAAGCCAGUGCGAUGGCAGCAGCCGACGACGAGGUCCAACCCUCUAAAUGUCGUUCAGGCAGCAGCCCCUGCCAGUAAGCCUCGAGCUGAACGCGGGUCGGUCAGUUCGGAUGAGUUUGAACCUACCGCCUCAUCCAACCGGAAAGGCGAACGGUCCACACCGAGGUCUACCCAUGCCGUGAGUGAUCAAACUAUCGAUGGUCAUGCUCAAUCGCGUAGCAAGCCUUCAUCUCUUGGAAAGGGCUCACUAAGCUCACCCAUAAUUCUCGCAAGUGAUUCGGAGGAGUCCGAAUAUGAAUUUGACGAAAUCUCUCUUGACAUAUCAGCAUUAGAAGCCUUGGAUGCCGCCGAGCGCGAGGCUUACAGUAGGAUCAGCUCCACUGGUCCUGUUUCUGAGCUGAACGUCGACCAUGAAGAUGACGAAGAGGACGAAGAGGACGAAGACGAUAGCCAGGUUGGAAACCGCAGUACAGAUACAGACAAGGAAGAUGACACGAGGAACAACGCAUCCCGCUCCUCCAGUCAACCGCCUUUCGACAUCUUCACUCAGGCUCGCAGCCCUAGGCCAUCCAAGCGAGCUCGCUCCCCGGAGGACGAUGACGACUCGGAGAGCAACACCAAGCGAAUCAGAUAUUCGGAUGCACCUCGUAAAGUAUUCAAACGCCUCGUCAAGUGCCUGAGGGAUUGGGACCCACAUGGCAAAAAGCCGACCGUCAAGCGCGUCCGGAGAGCUCUUGGAGGUCGAAAGGGCCUUGAAGCCAUGGACAUCAAGGACACUCUCGAAUUCGUCCGUGCCGCCUCUGAGGCUGGUUGGAUUGGUCCUGCCGAUAUUCCCGACAAAUAUUGCGUUAUAUUCCCGUUGAAGUAG